AUAUAUCAAAGAAAAAGAGACAGCCUAUAAAGUGGCCAAGAGCACUGGGAAAUCAGAAGAUUGGGAAGGCUACAAAAACAAACAGAGGAUAACAAAGACAGCAAUAAGGAAGGAGAGGAUCAAAUAUGAAGGUAACUGCGAGAGAGAGCAGGUGUCGAUGUAGCAUGUACCAGGGCACACUGAGUUCGACUGCUGUGCUACAAAACUACAACCCAAAUGUUGCAGAUCUCUGUCCUUCUGAUCCUCGUAAGUCUUCCUCUCCGUGGGACCACCCAAGUUUCUGACCAAGCUCUAACUCUUGAAGCUAAGCCACAAGAUGCCCUGAAAAAUGAGAAGAUUGUAAUGACCUGCUCGACCCCAUUCCUGUACUUGAAAGGACCUAAGCAUUUCCAAUUUUACCGGAAUAAUGUGUUAAUGAAAGAAACUGAAGAUGGUUUAUUCACCAUUGAAAAGGCACAGCAUGCAGACCAAGCAUCUUAUCGGUGUGAAUUAAGAAUUGACUAUAAAAAUUUGGUUUCAAACAACCUAAGCAUCACAGUGUCAGAUGGAUAUGUAGCUUUCCAUGUUGUCCCACUUUCACCUUUGGAAGGAGAGACACUGGAACUGAAUUGUCGGCACAGAUACAAAUCCCAAUGGGAGAGACAAUAUGCCUUUUAUGGAAAAGGCAAGAUAAUCCAUUCAAUGAAGUCCAUGAGUCAAGAAUGUUUGUACAGUAUUAAAGUAAACAGCACCAAUGACAGUGGAUGGUACUAUUGCAAAGUUAACCGGUUGAAAUCACGAACUGUUGAGAUUCACAUUCAAGAGGCGUUCGCUGUCCCUAAGUUGACCGUACAGCCUGAGGGACAACUGUUUGAUGGUCAGUGGUUUAAACUGUUGUGCUCGGUUGAAGACAAUCUCUCUCAAGCUUCCCUGUGGUACAGCUUUUACAAAAAUGGAGUGCCUCUUCAGCCUUCGUCCACUCACCGUGAUUACAUCUCCAAGUCAGCUCGUGUGACAGAUUCGGGUGCUUACUAUUGCUUUGUCACAGACAGUAAGGUGUGGAAACGCAGUAAUCAGCUCAAUUUGUCCAUCAGGCCUUUUGAAAGGCCUGUGCUUUACAUAUAUCCUGCAAGUGGGUUCGUAAAAGAAGGAGAAACUUUACGAUUGCAAUGUGGGACAAUUAAAGGACGAUCUGUUUAUUGGUACAAAAAUGGAAACUUUCUCCAUAUUACAAGGAGUAAUGUUUAUGAAGUACUGGCGAACAGUGAAACUGGUGGGUCUUUUCACUGUAAGAUAUACAACUCAAGGCAAGAGAGUGAAACUGCUGACGUUGUCAUCAAUGUUUCUGACCAAGCUCUAACUCUUGAAGCUAAGCCACAAGUUGCUCUGAAAAAUGAGAAAAUUGUGAUGACCUGCUCGACCCCAUUCCUGUACUUGAAAGGACCUAAGCACUUCCAAUUUUACCGGAAUAAUGUGUUAAUGAAAGAAACUGAAGAUGGUUUAUUCACCAUUGAAAGGGCACAGCAUGCAGACCAAGCAUCUUAUCAGUGUGAAUUGAGAAUUGACUAUAAAAAGUUGGUUUCAAACAACCUAAGCAUCACAGUGUCAGAUAGAGAUGUGGCUUUCCAUGUUGUCCCACUUUCACCUUUGGAAGGAGAGACACUGGAACUGAAUUGUCGGCACAGAUACAAAUACUAUUGGGAGAGGGAAUGUGCCUUUUAUGGAAAAGGCAAGAUAAUCCAUUCAAUGAAGUCCAUGAGCCAUGAAUGUUUGUACAGUAUUAAAGUAAACAGCACCGAUGACAGUGGAUGGUACUAUUGCAAAGUUAACUUAUGGGAAUCACAAAGCAUUAAGAUUCAGGUUCAAGAACGCUUUGCCAAGCCCGUACUGACGGUGGAGCCAGCCGCUGAAGUAGUCGAGGGGCUCCGGCUUGUGUUGACAUGCAUUGUCAAGAUGGCACGGCCCUCAGCCCAGCUUCGCUACUUGUUUUACAGAGACAGCAUCGCUCUGGAGGUCGUGCCAAGCGAUGGCAGUGUGUUCAACAUCAACGCAGCGACUGCAAACAUUUCUGGGAAUUACGCCUGUGAAACGAUCGAGACGAUUUACGGUCUGAGGAAGAGGAGCGACUACACUCACAUUUCUGUUAAACAGGCGUUCGCUGUCCCUAAGUUGACCGUACAUCCUGAGGGACAACUGUUUGAUGGUCAGUGGUUUAAACUGUUGUGCUCGGUUGAAGACAAUCUCUCUCAAGCUUCCCUGUGGUACAGCUUUUACAGAAAUGGAGUCCCUCUCCAGUUUCUGUCCACUCACCGUGAUUACAUCUCCAAGUCAGCUCGUGUGACAGAUUCGGGUGCUUACCAUUGCUUUGUCACAGACAGUAAGGUGUGGAAACGCAGUAAUCAGCUCAAUUUGUCCAUCAGGCGAAUUCCAGUGUCAAAGCCAAAUCUAAUAAUUCAACCCAGAAAGGAGCUAAUCGAAGGAGAGGCAGGAUCCUUAAUCUGUUCAGUCUCCAAUGGUUCUCUGCCAAUUUAUUACCAAUUCUACAACGGCUCAAACAUGGAACUGCACAGGGAGUUUUCCAACAGUUCCGAGCUUGUUUACAAAAUUGGAGCCAUCAGCAAAAGGGACGAAGGGCUUUAUCAUUGCUCGGUGAGAAAUGAGGCAACAGAUCUCCCACUGCGCAGUGAAGACAUAAAGAUCACAGUGAUAGUUCCUGUCGCAGAUGCUGUGCUGAUUUCCCGCACUAACGGGACUGAGAUGUGGGCCGGGGAGAGGCUUGUUCUGCGGUGCCUGGUGAGGGAAGGCACUGAGCCGCAGUUUGUUUGGUACCGCAACAAUGUGCCGCUAAGAAACGGCAGUGCGAGCUCCCAUGUGACUGCCGAUGGUGGUGAGCUGGUUAUUCAUUCAUUCCGGACAGACAAUGUCGGGAGGUAUCACUGUGCAGCGAUCAACAAAGGAAUCAACGGCACCAUUUUUAACGUGACCAGCGACUAUAUUGGAUUCACGCUGCGAGCUCCAAGUUAUUCCACAGAGAUCGCGGCCUCACUCAUCCCAGUUCUGCUGUUUGCCAGCCUGAUCACAUCCGUGCUCUUCAUCUAUCGGAAGAGGGACACAGGGAAUUCCUCAACUGUGUCACAUCCCAGCAGAUCCCAACCUUCUGGUGGAGGGCUGGCAGCCAACAAUGUGGACUAUGCAGUAGUUGGAGCAACAUACAAUGCUGAAAACAACGCUGCGGAUCUGGUUUAUUCAGUGGUCACCAUCAGGAAGACAACUGAGCCCUGCAACAGUAUUGGUUUCUCCCAUGCUGGGAAGAAGGAUGCCAGGACUGACCCCAGCGAUAAUUCGAUCACGUAUGCCACACUGAACCUCAGCAAGCACUCGGAUGAAGAAGACACAGCAGACGGAAACGUUUAUGAGAACAUUCUGCGCAAGUAAGGAGGGUUUGAGAAAGACAGACAAGAGACAUGUGUUCAUGUGAACACUUCCGUGUUCAGACAACAAACUUGUGAACUUAGCAAUGGAAACCAUGUUGCAUCAGCAACUUGAUUCUGCUAGUUUUCACAUUGCUGUAUUCUUCCUUCUAUUCUAGAUCUUGGGGGCUGCGAUGGUUUGAAUUUAUCAAACUAUUUCAAUCGCUGGUGGCCUUUAGAAAUUUAAUGCUUGCAACUCCUUUGCUCUCAUGGACAUAUCUGAUGAUUGAACGUUUCAGUUCAUCCAUAUUUAAGGGGAGGAAUACAUCAUCUAUCCCCUUCUGCAAAUGCAAGAUCAUGAAUCUAUCCCAUUGUUAUCAACUUUGAACAGCAAUGGUUGGUAAGGCCUGGAAGAUGGGAGACAGUCGUUGUUCAGUGGAUUUAACCUGCCCUUUCUUACCUUGAAGGUGAAAGUGAUGAGCUCAUUGUUCACAGAGACUGCACAUCCCAAAUUCUCCUCAGCCACUGAGAGACAUUGCUGUAAUAUAGGAAACCCAAAACUAACUUGCACACAAUAAAUCUCUCAACUGCUGGAUAAGAAAAACUCACAUCACUGUCUUCUGUUUGAUUAAAAAAUUAUAUCCUCAAAUAA